UCUCUUGGCGCCGCCGAUCGCUAUACCGAGCAUAGCAUAGCUAUGGAAGUAGAGGCAGCUAUUGCUGCGCAUUCGCCUCCGGGCUUUCCGGUGCGCAACCGCAUCUUCGCGCGCUCCAUCAACGGCGUCGUCACCAAUUUUAUAUGGAACCUGUACCUGGACCAUCUGUUCCUCAUAAUUACGCAAAUUGGGACAGUCGGCACAGUCAUCUCGGCGCGGCAAGACUCCACGUUUGACGGCCGGACCACGUUCACCACAUCCGUCGUACUGGGCAAGCGCGAGGACCCGGGGCUCGAGCUUGCGUCGCGGCAGCUGGUGGAGGUGAUCGGCGCGGCAGGACACAACAAGCCGAUCACGUUAUGCCUCGGGCUCAAGGAGGCCAGCCCGGCCCUCGUGAAGGAGCUCGUGGCCGCGGUGCGCGAGGACAACGUGUGGAGCUAGGAACCAGGAGCCCAAGAGGCUCAAGCGGCAGCGGGCUGAGGUGAUGCGCCUACACAGGCCUGGACAGCGGGUUUUAUCAUGCUGCUUUGUGAUUGCCUGGAGGCGGUGGCAAGUAGUGCAGCUGGCUGCAUCUCGACAGCACAGAGGCAGAGCCUGCACUGGGGGCCAGAGCCGGCGCCGGGAGCAUGUGAGGCCGCUUGGAGUGGGGCUGGGCGGGUAAGGGCCGGUGGACCGUGGCAAUAGUACCGGUAAUGCAUGGGAACAGGUGCAGUCGAGUGUGCACUGCAGGAUAGGUCUCAGGGCUUGCAAAGACUGGCAAAGAAUGGAAGUGCGAGAAUGAAUGAGGUGUUGAGGUUCCUGUGGUGCCCCGUGCCCGUGAAUUUGCGAACCGGGCCGGAGGCGUGGGUGUGAUGCGGCGGGGCGUGUGCACGCCCUCUGAGGAGGGGCUUUGGUGGCAGUGAGUGUGCAUGAGUGGUGCGUGACGUGCGUUGCGGCGCAGACGCAGAGGCAGCGCAUGGAAUGCACAGUGCGUGGCUUAAAGCGCAUACAUAGGCCGCUUGGAGUGCAUGCCGAGGUGGGAACUACUGGUUAGCCCGGUUAGAGCGCAGUGAAGCGGAGCGAGAUGAGGGCUGAGCAGGGUUAGCAUGGAGACCGUACGAAGCGUCAAGUAUUCGCUGUUGUCUAUCGUUCGGCAUUCUACCUCUCAGUAUCUCUGCUUUGAACGGAUUCUUAUAAUGACCACAGGGGCCCCCCUGAUUGACCAUGCCCUCCUGUUCCCGCCCGCGAGCCUUCCGGCCAUUCUGGAUUGUAAAUGCCCUUGGCU